AUGGCUCCUCCAAGUGACAGUGCAUCCGUUAAUUCGGUAACAUAUGAGGAUAAUAAGAAGGAAGUUUCUUCAGAACUGGUUGAGACAAUUUCCCAUACUCAGGACACAACCGAAGCCAAAGAAGGGGCAUGGACUUCGGCAAAGAAGCACCCCAAAGUUAUUCUCUACAGCAUGGCCGCUUGUAUGAGCUCUAUGCUUUGGGGAUUCGACGUCGGAGUUAACUCAAUCACCGUCUCAAUGCCUGGGUUUAAAAUGGCCUUUGGCUACGAAUAUGGAGGUGAACUAUUGAUCUCAGCCACGUGGAAUGCCCUUUGGACAGCCAUGACAUCACUUGGAAUGUUAAUAGGAAGCAUUAUCUGUGGCUGGAUCUCGGAUCGUAGCGGUCGCAAAAUCGGAUUUGGAAUAGGCUCUGCUUUGUCCAUCCUCGGGGUUGGGCUUGAAUACGCUGCAACGGCUCCUGGCAUGCUUCUAGCUGGCAAGAUCAUCAACGGUCUUUCUCUUGGAUUCUUCCUUACUCUUUCAACUACGUAUGCCUCUGAGAUAGCGCCUACUGCCUUACGCCCUUCCUUAACCGCCGCUGUCAAUUUCUUUAUCAACGCUGGUCAAUUAACCGCCAUUGGCAUAGGAAACACCCGUUUCGCUAUAUUGACCUCGGCAUCUUAUAAAGUACUUUUUGCCGCGCAGUGGGCAUUCCCUUGCUUCAUCGCCAUUGUUGCUAUCAUUAUGCCUGAAAGUCCUUGGCAUCUCUGCCGUAAUGGCCAGAUAGAACGGGCAAAAAAGAACCUUGAGAAGUUACAUCUUAAAUCGACCAAUACCGAUUUGAUUUUGGAAGAAAUUCAAACCUCGAUCGCUGCCGAGAAUGCUCUCGCAGAGAUGCAAAAGGGCACAUCCUACCGGGAUUGUUUCAAAGGUACCAAUUGGCGAAGGACUCGAAUUUCUUGUGGAAUGUUUGCCGUGCAACAAUUCACCGGCAUCGCAUUUUACUCCCAAGCUUUGUACUUCCUCGGGAUUUCUGGUCUUGCUACCGCGCUUACUUUUCAGCUGGCCCUUGGAGGAUUUGGUGUGGCUAUGCUUGGAAACAUCGUCUCAUGGUUCAUUAUGAACUAUGUUGGACGGAGACCGCUACUUUUGACCGGUGUUGCUCUCAAUGCAGUACUACUGAUGUCUGUAGGUAUUGCCGGAUGUUUUAACACCACAGACGCCUUGUACUAUGUCGCAUUUGUAAUGAACUUCGCCCAGCUGUUCUACGCUCCCAGCGUUGGAGCUGUUAGCUGGACAAUCAGCUCAGAAGUCAGCUCGACCAUAGUUCGAGCCAGAACGCAAAGCUUAGCGAUUGGAACAAAUGCAUUGGUCAGCUGGGUGAUGAACUUUAUCACUCCUUAUCUUAUUAACACCGAUCAAGCCGACCUGGGAGGAAAAGCUGCUUUUGUAUGGAUGGCUCUCUGCUUUGUCAGUCUGGUUUGGGUUUGGUUUGAAGUUCCAGAACUCAAGGGUCACACGUUUGGUGAGCUUGAUGAGAUUUUUGAACGGAAAACUCCUACAAGGCGGUUUAAGGAGGCACAUCCAUACAAUGAGUGA